CAGCAUUUAAUACUCUCUGCUCAGAGAAGAAGAGUUUAGCAUUCGUGGCACACUCCUGAGGCAAUCUGCCAGUGCAGUGCUUUGCUUUGUUCCAAUGGCGUGUAGAGUGAGUGGGGGCAGUAAGAUUUUAUCAUUAUGUUUAGGACUUCUAUUGGUUGCUUCUUGCCAUUGCACAAGACCGACAAAGUUUAAGGCCUUGGAUAAAUUAAGAAUAAACUCAACGCGUAUACACAAUCAGGCUAAAGGAAGUGAACUGCGCCAUGGGAGACUCUUAAUUGGGCACAACUCUCUGCAAGGCACUGAACUCCAAGGAACCAAGGCCACAAGGAACUCACUGGAUCUUGAUAGAGACUACCAGGCAGACAUGGGUUGGGCGCAGCUCAAGCGGCCUCAAGGACAGGUUGAUGGAUCUUCUGAGUCAAAGCCAGAGGAUGCUGCAGUGAAACGACUUCUCAAAAUGGAAUCCAAGGUUGAAUGUACUGGAGACUCCAUGAAACUGGAAGUCCAGGAUGCUGCUUCUACCCCAGGAUCUCUGUUCUUUGUUGACAGAGGAAGUCACCUGUCUCCUCUGCCUGUGUCCAAAUUGCCGUCAAGCUGUGGUUACACAUUAAGGUCAACACAGAAAGCUUUUGUCUUGGUUGCACCUUAUGAUGGCUGCUUUGUUACUCUUGAGGAGGACAGCUACGUUCUCCCACUGCGUUGGCUGGGGUUACCAGUGAAGAUGUCCUGCCCUUUGAGUAAGAAGUCUUCACCUAGCCCUCCGAUGGUAACCUGCCAUGCUGAAGGCAUGGUUGUGAAAACUGAAUGGAGUGGCUCUGACAUAAAAGUAAAUCUGAAUGGUAACUGGGAGCCACUAAUGAAAGCCUCAGUCAGAUGUGGGUUUGGUGUGGUUGUACAUCCUGAAGGUGUGGUUGUCUCGGUUCACUAUGUCCCGUGCCUGGAGAAAAAGGAUGGAUUGUACACCCUGGAACUUGCUGGAUACGGACAAACUAAAAUUUCCUGUCCAUCACUGUCAUCUGCUCAACAUGAAGGAACAAAAACAACUGAGAAAUAUCCUGCUGUUCCCCAGGUGCCAGGUUACCCUGCAGUAGUACAAGCUACAAAGCCCACAACUGCUCCAAAGCCACCACAACCUGAAGCCCCUCAGGGCCAGGUAUACCAGUCUUUCUACCCUCAGCCAAAGCCUGAACAUGGCCCAGAAACUAAGCCCACAACUGCUCCCAAGCUACUACAACCUGAAGCCCCUCAGGGCCAGGUAUACCAGCAUUUUUAUCCAAACCCUUUCUACCCCCAGCCAGGGCUUGAAACUUUACCAGCUACAAAGCCCACAGCUGCUCCCAAGUCACCACAACCUGAAGCCCCUCAGGGCCAGGUAUACCAGUCUUUCUACCCUCAGCCUGAAAAUGGCCCAGAACCUGCUCCCACAACUGCUUCCAAGCCACCACAACCUCAAGCCCCCCAGGGCCAGGUAUACCAGCCUUUUUACCCCAAUCCUUUCUAUCCAAACCCUUUAUACCACCAGCCAGGGCCUGAAACUGUACCAGCUACAAAGCCCACAGCUGCUCCCAAGCCACCACAACCUGAAGCCCCUCAGGGCCAUGUAUACCAGUCUUUCUACCCUCGACCUCAGCCUGAAAAGAUCCCAGAACCUGCUCCCAAGCCACCACAACCUGAAGCCCCCCAGGGCCAGGUAUACCAGCCUUUCUACCCCAACCCUUUCUACCCUCAGCCGAAACCUGAAAAUGGCCCAGAACCUGCUCCCAAGCCACCACAACCUGAAGCCCCUCAGGGCCAGGUAUACCAGCCUUUUUACCCCAACCCUUUCUAUCCAAACCCUUUCUACCCCCAGCCAGGGCCUGAAACUGUACCAGCUACAAAACCCACAGCUGCUCCCGAAUCACCACAACCUGAAGCCCCUCAGGGCCAGGUAUACCAGUCUUUCUACCCUCAGCCGAAACCUGAAAAUGGCCCAGAACCUGUUCCCAAGCCACCACAUCCUGAAGCCCCCCAGGGCCAGGUAUACCAGCCUUUUUACCCCAACCCUUUCUAUCCAAACCCUUUCUACUCCCAGCCAGGGCCUGAAACUGUACCAGCUACAAAGCCCACAGCUGCUCCCGAGUCACCGCAACCUGAAGCCCCUCAGGGCCAGGUAUACCAGUCUUUCUACCCUCAGCCGAAACCUGAAAAUGGCCCAGAACCUGCUCCCAAGCCACCACAACCUGAAGCCCCCCAGGGCCAGGUAUACCAGCCUUUUUACCCCAACCCUUUAUAUCCAAACCCCUUCUAUCCUCAGCCAAAGCCUGAAACUGGCCCAGAAACUGGAACAGAAACUAAGCCUACAAGUGCUCCCAAGCCACCACAACCUGAAGCCCCUCAGGGCCAGGUAUACCAGCCUUUUUACCACAACCCUUUUUACCCAAACCCUAUCUACCCCCUGCCAGGGCCUGAAUCAACUUUAUCAGCUGCAUAUUACACAGCAGCUCCCAAGCCAAUACAACCUCAAGCCCCUCAGGGCCAGGUCUAUCAGUCUUUCCACCCUCAGCCUCAGCCUGGACAUUUGCCAGCUGAGAAGCCAACUGCUGUUCCAAAGCCUGCAGCAACUGAAACAUCUCAGGGACAAGUAUAUAAACCAUAUGCCCAACCAUUGCCUGGUGCUGGAUCAAAUGGUGAACGCCCUCCAGCCGUCAAACCUCCACAGGGCCAGCUGCCUCACCCCUUUAACGCAUACUACUUCCCACAACAGCCCCAGUGGCACCAGCCUGCAACAUUGCCCCCUGCCACCUCAAAGCAGGAACCACAACAGGUCACCACUCCAGCUAGUAGUGAAGCGCCCCCAGAAGUCCCACAAAGCUCUUCAUACAUGCCACCAGUGUUCUGCCCUCAGUUUUGCCCUCCUGGAUUUUCUAAUUGCUGUCCACAAAUUGCUUUUCAUCAACAUCUCCAUCAUAUUGUUCCUGCUGGACCGGGCAGUAAAGGUACACCUUCAUUCUACACAGGACUCCCUUUCCUACCUUCAUUGGCUUAUUCUGGGUAUGGCAAUGGCUUUGAUUCUCCUCCCCUUCCUCGAAAGACAAAUGAAGCUAUCGCAGCUUCCACCUCUGCACCUCAGUCUCCGCCUGCAAAUGGAAAGCAACCAUAUAAUCAGCCACCAGGUGGCAACCCUGCUGCAGUAGCUGAAAGUAAUCCUAGCAAGCCUUCAAAUCCUGAACAACAAAUGUACCCUUAUUUUGUGCCUAAUGUAUACCCUCCUUUCCCACAUAACCCACAGCCAAAGUGGCAAAAUGAUGGGCUAUCAACUGAGGACAUGAAUAAUCCCUCUGGACCUAAUGUGUCUUUUAUUGACCAGAAUCUACAGCAGCAUACAGCAAUGUGGCAAAAUAAACCUACAGCUGAGGAGCAACAGCCAUCUAAUGAGCAACACACUGAAUCUAAUAAACAUGAACAGAUUAUGAAUGCAGACACUGGACCAAAGAAUUAUCUGCUGCUUCCACAUGGCCCACCAGGUAGGGAGCCUAAUGGUUUCAAUGAGUUGCCACUGCCUUUUAGAUAUCUUGGUCAUGAAACAUACUUUGUGGCACCAAAUAUUGCAAACAGUCAGGGUAGUAAAAAUCAAUAUCAAAACUUUAGGCCUCCACAGGAAAACCCCCAAAUCUCCAAAUGGCUGGGGAAGGGUAAUUCCAAUCCUUUACCUGAUAAUGUCAACAACAUGCCCAGGCCUGGUGAUGAAUCGAGUAGUUUGCGAUUGCUUGCCUCUUCAGCUGGCCCUCAUGUUGUACCUGUGCCUCAAGUUCCAUCUUUCAGUACAGCACAUGCAAAUUCUAAAACUGAUUCAUUCACAUUCUUUGUGAAACCCAUGCCAACUUCAGGCCCUAGCCAAAGGAUUCCACCGUAUGUUCCUGGACAUCUAUUUCAACAAUGGAUCUCUGCAGCUAACAACCAAGGAAAUGGACUGAACCAACCCAUUCAGGGAGAAGGUGGAAAUCCAAAGCAGACAUGAGUUUUCUUUAUGAAUAAAAAAUUGCAAUAGAUAA